UUACCCAAAGAAGUGAUCAAAGACCAAAAUAUUCACUUGAUACCUCUUUUCCAACUCGUCUUUAAAGUUCAUAUUUCCUUGACAGCAGUUAUCAAAGCAAUUGAUUUGUCUCAAAACCUACAAGAAACAAAUUCAAUGAUAUUUGCCAUUGUAAGCCACUCAGAGUAUCUAAAACAAGAUUCAAAAUGUGGACAAGCAGUAAUGGAUAUGACAGCGGAACUUGUUCGCAUAGCCAUGAUGGAAGGUAGAUCACAACUUGUUGAGCUCUUUUUAGAUAAUUUUUGCUUUGAAGGGGUGCCAAUAAACAUCCCACUUCUUCUAGAGGAAUCGGAUCUAUGCUAUAAACUACACUGGCUCCAAAAGCUGUUUGAGCGAGGUGCUAAUCUGCAGAAAGGUGAUAGAGUCCCUGUAAAAAUUGUCCUCGAAAAGCACCAUGAGCAAAUAAGCAUGAAGCUAGAGAUGAUAAAAUUACUUGUGGAAAAUGGAGCUGACGUAACAUUUUGUCUUCCUAAUACAACAGUCAUACAUGAGGUUGUGAGAUUUGUACUUGGCGAAAAUGGAAGCGUAGAUACACUAGAUUUGGUUUGUAGUAAGUUUGAGUUUCAAAAUGAUGUCAAAGUGUGUGACAUGGAAGGGCGAACACCAUGGCAUCUAGCUCUGGCUGGAAAGCGCAAGAUUGGAAUUGAAGUUUGUAAGGUACUAAGGAAGUAUACUAUUCACCCUAGUAAGAAGGAUAACAAUGGUAGGGGAGCAGAUUAUCGAAUGAAAGUUGAUGAUGAAAGAGUUAUAAUAUUAAGAGAAAGGGAAGCUGAAUUGAUAGGUGAGGAAAGUAAAGAAGGUGCAACAGGUGAAGUGAAAAAAGUAAAGAAGAAGAGAAGAAAGAAGAAGAAGAGCACUCAGGUAGAUGAGGCUAGAGCAUGUGAAAACCAAGAAAGAAAAGUGGAAGAAAAUGAGGAUGUGCCAGGUGUUUUUGGAAAAAAGUGAAGCCUGGCCUAAGGCAGAUGGGUUACAGGAAACUGAGAAACAAGAAACAAAGAGAGAGAUUAAUGAAGAUACGCAUGGUGCCGUCAAGGCCUUGUCAGAAGUAGGAGUAGAGAAAAACCAAGAAGAUGGAAGUGAACAAAAAGGAGAUAACAUAGUUGGAAGUGUUGAAAGUUUACCUGCAUUAGAGCCAUCUAGAGAUAAAAAAUAUGAGGAAGAAAAUGAGGUAAGCAGUGACACACUAGACAGACUCCAAAAAAGUGAAAUAGACGUUCUUGUUAGGCCUGAGGGAGUGAAAAGCAUGAUUAUAGUGAAGCAGGAAUCCGAGACAACUAAUUCUGGGGGACAUCAUGACACUGCAGAAGAUAACAGUGCGACAUCAUCGGACCCAUGGCAUGAUCAAGAGGGAGAAAAGGUAAGUGACAGAGAUCAUUCAGAUAUCGGAACAGGCCUAAAUACUUUGGAAAACGAAGUGAAGGAAGAUCUUCGAUUGUUUCUUCAUGAACUUCACCAACGUGAAGAUGAAUAUUUCUACUUGGUGUCCAAAGACUCCAAACAAACUGAAGUGCACCAUGUUGAUGCUUCCAAUGAAGUCCCACCUAUGCCCCAACAAGGUUUAGCUCAGGAGAAAUCACUGCCAAAUGAAAACUCCCACAAAGAUACAUUACCAAAACAAGGUGAUGAAAAGGAUCAUCUGCCAGAAGUUGAAUCUGAAGAACAAGGCGACGGUUUUGACAGUAGAUCAUGGGAGAUUGAGUGUAGUAAGAAAGUAAUGAAGACAUUGUCAGGGAAAAAGAACAACCAUAUCAAAAAGAUAUUUCUUGCAAAAAUGACGAUUCUGUCACAAGGUGACUUCGUGAAUAAUGAAAAACAUUGUAAGCCAGUUUCAAGCAUCAAGGGCAUUGAGCUUUAUGAGACACGUUUAAAUAAAAAAGACAGGGCAAUCUGGCAAAUAGUACCUCAGCUCUACCAAUUGCCCGGAGAAGCUGACAUAAAGAAAAGAUACCGAGAAAUAAUCCGAGUGUGGGACAUUGUUCUUGACCACGAUGACAUUCAUCACCAUGUGCAAGUAAUCGAAAAGAAUAUUCACGAGAGGGCAUGUCAAGUCCCUGAAAGAUUGAAAGUGAAAUUAAUGAGUACCUCUCCAGCUGAAUCGAAUGUACACAGGAAUAGAAGGGAGCCACGGAUAUUUCUGCCUUGUCACGAUAGUAUGGCAGUGAAUCAGGGUAACGAUGUGGUAAUGUAUAGUCCACCCAUGAACCCAGAUAACUACUCUUUCUGCAUUGCCCACCUCUAUAGCCUCUCUAACUGUGUGGUUAAACUCAUGCUUGAAGAUGGAGACAUUGAGAGAUCAUUUCCCUACAAAGAAUGGCCAGCAGAGCAUGACAUCAUCAAUUUGCCAUACACCAAGGCAGUAUUACUCCUAGGAAGAAGUGGGACAGGAAAGACCACUUGCUGCUUAUAUCGAAUGUGGAAUGAAUACGUAACUUACUGGAGAAAGUUUCCCAGCAGGGCAGAAGAACUAUCUCAACCAGAAAUGAAAAUUGGGAGAGAGGAUGGAGCUAACUCCCCACAACCCCAUUUAUUGCAAGGCGAUGAUGUUUGUUCCCCUGUUGUCAACAGUGAAAGCUCUGAAGACUGCACACAUCCCGAAUCAGAUUGUCCAUUACAUCAGGUGUUUGUCACCAAGAACUAUGUCUUGUGCAGCAGAUUGCGAAAACAAUUUUCCAAGUUUUCAGAUUCAGAAGAAAUUGCUAAACACCACACUAAAAAAAAGCUAGAAGGUUUGCCCAACGACGUAACAGAUAUACAUGACUUAUCUUACCCAUUAUUCCUCACUGCACGACAGUUUUACAUUUUGCUUGAUUAUUCACUGAAGGACGAUAAGUACUUUUUCAAGAGAGACGAAGAAGGAAAUAUGAUUGAAAGAAUAGUGAGCACUGACUAUGACCAUGAAGAUACAUUGUCAGAUACACUGUUUGACCUAGAGGAUGACGUGGAUGAAGAGCCUGUCAUGCUAUAUCCAACCAGUCAUAAAACGACUAUUAUGAGAGAAAGAAGAGAGGUGACUGCCUCAUAUUUCAACAGCCACAUUUGGCCAAAAAUAAAAGGAGUCAAUGAUACAAUGUCAUCUCUGCUUGUGUGGAUGGAAAUUAAAUCCUAUAUUAAGGGUUCCCUUAAGGCAAUUGAGUCCAAAAAUGGUCAUCUUAAUGGAAAAGAGUAUAAAAAGCUUGGUAGAAAGGUGGCUCCCAACUUCACUGGUAACAGAGAAAGAGUAUACGAAUUGUUUGAAUCCUACAAGGCAUAUGUUCAAAAUCACCCAAAUGAAUGUCUCUUUGAUGAAUGUGACCUCAUUCAUCAUGUGUGCAAGAGACUUCCGAAGAUAGAUAAACUAAAAUGGGUGGUACAUAGCCUUUAUAUUGAUGAGGUCCAAGAUUUCACUCAGGGAGAACUCUGGCUUAUGCUUUGCAAUUGCAGAGACCCAAACCGCCUCUUUCUCACUGGAGAUACCGCACAGAGCAUAAUGAGUGGCAUUGCUUUUCGCUUUGAAGACGUUAAAUCCCUCUUUUACCAUCGAAAAGUAAAAGUGCCAGAAGUACAGCAUCUAACUAUAAAUUUUAGGACCCACUCAGGUAUCCUAAGACUAGCGUCAAGUGUUACAGAAUUGCUGAAAAAGUACUUCCCUUAUUCGUUUGAUCAUGACCAUACACUACAAGAGCAAGGUUUAGUAAGCGGGCCAAAGCCUGUUUUGUUACGUACAUGUUCACCUACUGAACUUGCUGUGGCCCUAGCUGGAAAAAAGCAGACAGGGACAAUGAUUGACUUUGGGGCUCACCAAGCAAUACUAGUUCGAACCCAAGAAGCAAAGGAGAACCUCCCAAGAGAGCUCAAAGCUGCCAUUGCUCUAACCAUCUUUGAAUCAAAAGGAUUGGAGUUUGAUGAUGUAUUGCUAUACAAUUUUUUUACAGAUUCAAAGCUCAAAGAAGAAUGGCGCGUUAUAGUCCCUAAAAGUGCUGAAGUUGACUGCGAAAAGCCUCACUACCUCGUGUUUCAAGAGGAAAAGCACAAACUCCUCUGUUCAGAGCUCAAACACCUGUACACAGCCAUCACCAGAGCCAAGGCCAGGCUCUGGCUAUAUGAAUCGAGUGACGACCACCGACCUGCCACGUGGUACUGGAAGAAAAACAGUCUUGUGGAGGAAUUGAUGGUGGACCAAAUCUUUGAAACCGGUGACCCAGAAUCAAGGUCAUCUCCAGAAGACUGGAGGGAAAGGGGAGACGAAUUUAUGCAGCACAAGCUGUGGGAUGUAGCUACAAAGUGUUUUGAGAAAGCCAUGUGCCCACAAAAAGUAAGAGAAUGCGAGGCAUUGAGGUUUUAUCACGAUGCCAGAAACUCCAAAGACAAAGCAGAAAAACGGCAGAGAUACUUAGCAGCUGCUACUGCAUUCCUCAAUUGUGAUAGAAUUGAGCACGCACCAGGAUUACUUCAUCAUGCGGCAAAAUGUCUUUAUAAUGGAAAGUGAUAUGAAGAUGCAGGGUGGCUCUACGGAAAAAUGAAAAAGUUUGAUGAUGCCAUUAAAUGCUGCAUGCAUUCAAAGAAAUUCGAAGACGUUUUUGCAAUAAUGGAGAGGCAAGAAAGGUAUGGAGAAGCUGUCUCUGUUGCAUUUUGUUUUGAAAAAUUUAGGGCCCUGCAACUUGCAAGUAAGUACAUUGGUCAAAAGUGUGUCUUGCGCAGUGAUAUUGACAAGUCUCUAAUCAAAUAUGGGAAGCAACAAGUUAUGAUACACUUGGCAAAGGGUCCAAAAGGGAAAGAAAGAUUACUGACCAUUAUAAAUGUCAUUUCUCCAGAACUACAAGUCAAAUACCUUGAACAAGUGGGAGCCUACGACAAGGCUGUUGUGGUGCUAAAAGAGCUUGGGAAAGUGGAUAAUGCAUAUGAGCUAAUGCUAAAACAUGCCAUGUACAAAGAGGCAUUCGAUCUAGCCAAACAGGGAAAUAAUGUCAAGAAACAGCAGAAGGUUAUACUUUCUGCGGCCAAGUUCAAACUGAGUUCCUGUCCCACUCCCCACACUGAAUUACCUAAUCUUCAACUGGAACUGGAGAGUAUGUGCCAGAGUGAUAAAGUUGCCCCUACUGCUAUAGGAAUAGCUAAUCUUCUCCACUGUAAGAUAACUGGAGACAUUUCAUACUGCCAUGCGGCCUUGAAGCUCUUCCGAGAAGAUAAAUAUACACUGGGUGCAUGUGAGGCACUUGUUCUUCUUUUCCCUAAAGUAGAGAAGGAUAUGCAAUUGGUAGAAACAAUACUCAAUGUGUGUAUUGAAAUCAAUAACAUAUGUUUAUACCUAACGGAGAAAGAAAGAAAUACAGCAUUCGUUUCCCACAUCAUGGAACAAGUUGAAGAACUCUAUAGUGUCGUCAAGGAAAGGGACCAGUAUGUUUUCCAGCUCCAUCAAGACGUUUGGAGUAUUAUGGAGCCAUGGCAAGAAGGCAGCCCCACAGAACUGCACCAACGUGCUCAUGAACUUGGUAGAGCUGUUUCAGAUCAUCUUAAAUUAAACGUUAAGUUGCUAAAAGGCAACAAGGAAUGCUGGAAUGUAAUUCAAAAUGAAAUGGUACGAUAUACGUUUCAUCACAACUUUACAGAACGCCCCUUUGCUAAUAAUGACCCAUUAAAGCUGUUGUGUUACAUAAAGGCAUACUCAAUGGGUCUAGAAAUCAUUUGCCACAACAAUGAAUGUGGUAGCCUUGAAGAAUGGAAAAGGCAUUUUUACAAUCUCAUAAGGUACAAUGGUCUGACUCUGAACAUGAAGCAUUAUGAUGUUAUAAAGCGUUUUCCAAGUGCCCUAAAAAUCCUUGAAGAUCGACUAGAUAAAUUUAUAAGAGCACCUGUAGAUGGUCUUAGCUUGGAUGACUGGAUGGAAGCGUGGAUUCUUUCACAAUCUUUAAAACAAAAUUACUUUGCAGUGUCCCGGCGAGUGCGACCUGUUCGCGUUCAUAAGCUGAGUGCCUCUGAGAUUCAUUUUUAUGUACCAAGUUCUGAUAUUGAUGGAAUAAAACACAAGGUGCCCCAUUUUGGUCAGUGGAUUACGUUCUGUCAGCUGCUUAGGGAAGGAUCUAAGGCACGUAUUGCUGUUAAAAUGCUAAUGAUGUACAUUGAAGUAAUUGCAAGGAGAAUAAGUCUGAAUCGAAAUAUAGUUUGUGUCACGAAUGUGGUUACAAUGCUCAGCAUUUGUGCUAUGAUGUACUAUGCUUUUCACAUCCUCAGUUCACCGCAACAAGCAACAGUUAUAUUCCCCAGAUGCUUAUUGACACAAUGACAUAUUUUGAUCAGAAAAACUGCUUCAAAGAGACAGAUUCCGCACUCUUUCAGUCAUGCUUUGACACGUUCAAGAUAAUUGCCAAUAAUCGUAAACCCUGUGCAUGUUAUAACAUUGAGAGCUGAUGCACAAAAAGGAAUGGAACGUGUUUUCCAGGUGUUCACUGGACUUUAUCGUAAUGGGUUUAAUGUCCUUUAUCAAGCUGUUAAAAAUGAAGAACACAACAAUGUCGUCACUUGCUUGACUUUAGGACUGACACUGUUGGGUAACUUGGCAAUUUCCAGCCGUCACAAACCAUCAGAUUUGGUAGUAUACCAGAAAAGGAUACAAAGAUCCCUCCAGCCUCUGACGGAACGGACUGAUCACCACCUCAAGGGUAUUUGUGAGGCUUUACAAUGUUGCACA